ACGUGUGAGCAGCUGCAGGAGGAAAAACAUGGCGAUGCCCGUAAGAAUCUGCCCUUUCUUUCGCUGGACAGGACGGAUAGUGUCCUCACUUUCUGCAGGACACAUUCUGGAAGUCAGUCUGCCAGCGAGGAGGCGCUUUAUAUCCACCUCAACGGCAAUCAACCUUCAGUUCAGGCUCGAUGAACGCACAGCUCACAGCAGCCUGGACCUCUUCAAGAAAGACACCGGCAUCAUCUACCGCAUGCUUGGCCUGGACCCCUCCCACGUUAAAGAGGACCCCGAGCGAUUCCGAGAGUGGGCUGUCGUGUUUGGCGACAAAAAGAUAAGCAGCGGACGACACUAUUGGGAGGUCACGGUUAAAAAGUCCCAGGAGUUUCGUUUGGGGGUCGCAGAUGCACUGAUGUCCAGAGACGAGUGUGUGGGUAAUAACAGCUCCUCCUGGGUGUUCGGCUAUGCUCAGAGGAAGUGGUUCGCCAUGACCAACAGUAAGGUGGUUCCUGUGACGCUGGUGGGAAAACCGGAUCGAGUGGGGAUCCUGCUCGACUAUGAAGCAGGGUUCCUGGGGCUGGUGGACAUUGAGAAACCCAGAAUCAUUCACACUAUCAAAGCUGAGUUCAUGGCUCCUGUGUGCCCCGCAUUUGGACUUUGGGACGGGGAACUCCUAACGCAUUCUGGUGUGGAAGAGCCAGAAGGCCUGGAAUGAAGAUGUGUUAACAGAUGACUGCCAUGGCUUAUCAGGGCAACUUUAUUAUUGUCCUAAAUAAAUGUGCCUGACAUGCAGCAAUAGGACUUAACUACAGAUGAUAAUUAAUACUGUGGUCCACUAUAUCAUCACAUCAAAUGAUGCAAACUCAUCCUGUGGUCUUUCUUCAAGACUUGAGCUCUUUUGUACUUGUAAUGGAAUUUGUCUCAGACACUAGAUGAGGAAACAAGAACGUGUGGUUUUCAUAAUCAUUGGCUGCCUAUAUUUUCUUAUGCCUGUUGCCUGUGGUGGUUUUCUCCACACAUAUACGACAUCAAACAGAACAGAACCUCAUUCUGUUCAGAUUCAAACCAUAUACUUUUUAAUAAAAUAACUUCAUUGAAGUCUUCCACAUUUUCUUUUUUUAUUUACAGCAAGACAUUUACAUUAAACAGAAGAAUUGUACAAAGAUUAUUCAAAAAAAAACUACUUAUUUGUAUACACAAAAAGACUCCUAGGUAUAUUUCAGUUUAUCAUAUUAUAUAUAUAAUUUAAAAUGCAUAUGUAAGGUGCGUUUGUAUAAACUACUAACCCGUAUGUCCACAUGAAUCUAAAUAUUUUAAGAUAUACUGCUUAAAUGCACAGUUGGAUUUUUCUAUUAAUUUUAAUAAGACAUAUUUCCAGAGAUGCACCAAUUGGGUUUUUUCGUGGCUGAUACUUGCUUUGGGGUUUCUUUUAUAUCUGGCCUGCCGAACCUGAUUUUCAGAUACUUAUACGUUUUUUUAUUUCUUUAUUUUUUUUUUAAGAUUAUAAGACUAACGAGCAUGAAAAAAAUUACACGACCAUCACUGUUAAUGAUCGGAGUCUGUAACCUUUAUAUUAUUUUAUUGAACUCAAACUUGGAUCGAAGUGUUUGCUGUUAUUUAACAUAGUCCCAAAAAAUUGGAAAUUAAUAUUUUGAUUAAUGCAUUGCUGCAUGCAGUGGAUCUCAAAGGUACAAACUACCCUUUUUUUAGUGUCCAGAUUCUUAACAUUAAUAGUAAAAUCAUCAUGAAUUGUUUUCCAAAUAGUUUCUUAUUUUUUACACAUCCUGUUCAAUUCAGUUUAAAAAACAAACCAACCUAUAGGUGGAAAUGCAGAGUAAGACAGUGUUACAAUAUGAUAAAAUCAAUUCGCUGACUGAUCUGCUGUAUUUGACCACAUGUGGAAAUAAACCAGGUAUGCUGAACACUAUUCUUUUUAUCUAAAUUCAAAUCAAACAACUUUGCAGAAGAACAUGAUCUUAACUUUUUAAUUCUCAUCUCCUUUCCUAAAAUAUAUUGCUGUGUUUUUCAGUUGAACUGCAUGAAAUAAAGAUCAUAUUAAAGAUGGGAGUGCAGAAAUAAUUUAUUUUAGAGAAUAAAUAUUUUUUUUUUUUUUUUACAUUUUAAAAAUGAAGAAUCCUAACAGGAUAUUUAGAGAAUCCCUGUAUGCCCUGGUCUUAACAAGCAAUGAGAUACUGGCUAAAACUGGCUGGUUGAAUUAUUUUUAACAGCAAUAUUGGCCCAGAAUCUCCCAAUUGAUGCAUCCCAAUAAACAAAUAAAACGACAAAAAAAAAAAAAGG